CCUAAAUAACGUGUUUAACUCAGUAAUGACCAAUAGCGAAACGGGCCCGCAAGGGCUGACGAAGCGGCCGUCGAGAAGCGCAGCCACCACAACGUUCUCAACGGAGGUGUUCGACAACGAGGUCGUACCUUCCUCACUUAGUUCCAUCGCUCCCAUUCUCCGCAUUGCCAAAGAGAUCGAACCUGAACGUCCCCGUGUCUCCUAUCUCUGUCGUUUCUAUGCUUUUGAGAAAGCACAUAGGUUGGAUCCGAGCUCCAGCGGACGUGGAGUGAGGCAGUUCAAGACUGGUUUGCUGCAAAGAUUAGAGAGGGACAAUGCAUCCAGUCUUGCCUCUAGGGUUAAAAAGACUGAUGCACGGGAAAUUGAGAGCUAUUAUCAGCAAUACUAUGAACACUAUGUUAGAGCACUGGACCAGGGUGACCAGGCAGACAGAGCUCAACUUGGCAAAGCUUACCAAACAGCUGGAGUGCUUUUUGAAGUGCUCUGUGCCGUUAAUAAAACUGAGAAAGUUGAAGAAGUUGCUCCAGAGAUUAUUGCAGCAGCUAAAGAUGUCCAAGAAAAGAAGGAAAUCUAUACUCCCUACAACAUUCUUCCUUUGGAUGCUGCUGGGGCUUCACAGUCUAUCAUGCAGCUUGAGGAGGUUAAGGCUGCCGUGGCUGCAUUAUGGAACACUCGUGGCUUGAACUGGCCUGCAGCAUUUGAGCCACAUAGGCAAAAACAUGGAGACUUGGACCUUCUGGAUUGGUUAAGAGCCAUGUUUGGAUUCCAGAGAGACAAUGUCAGGAACAUGAGGGAGCACUUGAUUUUGCUGCUUGCCAAUAAUCAUAUAAGACUCCGCCCUAAGCCUGAACCUCUUAAUAAGCUUGAUGAACGAGCAGUUGAUGCUGUUAUGAGCAAGCUAUUUAAGAAUUACAAAACAUGGUGUAAAUUCUUAGGACGCAAACAUAGUUUACGACUGCCGCAAGGCUCUCAAGAAAUACAACAGAGAAAAAUACUAUAUAUGGGAUUAUAUCUCCUCAUCUGGGGUGAAGCAGCUAAUGUGCGAUUCAUGCCAGAAUGUCUAUGCUACAUUUUUCAUAAUAUGGCAUAUGAACUCCAUGGCCUGUUGGCGGGAAAUGUUAGCAUAGUGACGGGGGAAAACAUCAAGCCCUCGUAUGGCGGAGACGAUGAGGCAUUCUUGCGGAAGGUUAUAUCACCCCUUUACUGUGUUAUUGAAAAGGAAGCAGCAAAGAACCAAAAUGGAACUGCUUCUCAUUCACUCUGGUGUAAUUAUGAUGAUCUGAAUGAGUAUUUCUGGUCUUCUGAUUGCUUCUCUCUUGGAUGGCCUAUGCGUGAUGAUGGCGACUUUUUCAAAUCAACCGCUGACAUGGGAAAGAAGAAUUCUCAAAGAAAAUCUCGAAGCACAGGCAAAUCAAAUUUUGUUGAGAUUAGAUCAUUUUGGCACCUCUUUCGAAGUUUUGAUCGACUAUGGACCUUUUAUAUACUAGCUUUACAGGUAUUGGUCAUUCUUGCAUGGAAUGGAGCUUCAUUAAAGGACAUCUUCCGAAAGGAUAUACUGUAUUAUGUAUCCAGUGUCUUCAUUACAGCAGCCAUUUUGCGUUUCCUUCAGAGUGUUUUGGACCUUUUUCUCAAUUUCCCUGGAUAUCAUAGGUGGAAGUUCACUGAUGUACUGCGAAACUUUCUCAAGAUAAUUGUUAGUCUUGCAUGGGCCAUCAUUCUUCCACUAUUCUAUAUGCGUGCACUCUCUUUUGCCCCUGAUAAACUUAAAGAUGUGCUAUCAUUUCUUCGUCAAGUAAAGGGCAUUUCUCCUCUAUAUCUCUUGGCUGUAGCACUAUACUUGCUUCCAAAUUUACUGGCAGCUGCUCUGUUCAUUUUCCCAAUGCUCCGGCGUUGGAUUGAAAACUCAGACUGGCACAUUAUUAGGUUACUGUUAUGGUGGUCACAGCCAAGAAUUUAUGUUGGGAGGGGAAUGCAUGAAAGUCAGUUUGCGCUUAUAAAGUAUACUCUUUUUUGGAUAUUACUUUUGUGUGCCAAGUUUGCUUUCAGCUAUUUUGUCCAGAUAAAACCAUUGGUGAAGCCAACAAAAGAUAUAAUGAGCAUUCGUCAUGUUAAAUAUGCAUGGCAUGAAUUUUUCCCUAAUGCUGAACACAACUAUGGAGCUGUUCUUACACUCUGGGCACCAGUAAUAUUGAUUUAUUUUAUGGACACUCAAAUAUGGUAUGCUAUUUUCUCAACCAUAUGUGGUGGUGUUAGUGGGGCUUUCGAUCGCCUUGGAGAGAUAAGAACUUUGGGAAUGCUUAGGUCACGCUUUCAGUCCUUGCCUGGUGCAUUUAACACAUGUUUGGUGCCUUCUGAUAAAUCGCAGAAGAGGGGAUUCUCUUUAUCAAAGCGAUUUGCUGAGGUAACAGCAAGCAGAAGAAGUGAAGCUGCGAAAUUUGCUCAGUUAUGGAAUGAAGUGAUUUGUAGCUUUCGUGAAGAAGAUCUAAUUAGUGACAGGGAGAUGGAUCUGUUACUAGUUCCUUAUACAUCAGAUCCUAGCCUGAAAAUAAUUCAGUGGCCACCCUUUUUGCUGGCAAGCAAGAUCCCAAUUGCAUUGGAUAUGGCAGUUCAGUUCCGCUCGAGGGACUCUGACCUUUGGAAGCGUAUAUGUGCUGAUGAAUACAUGAAAUGUGCUGUGAUUGAAUGCUAUGAGUCUUUCAAAAUUGUCGUAAAUACUCUGGUUGUUGGUGAAAAUGAGAAAAGGACCAUUGGGAUUAUCAUCAAAGAAAUUGAGAGUAACAUUUCGAAGAAUACUCUUCUUGCAAAUUUCAGAAUGGCUUCUUUACCUGUCCUUUGCAAGAAAUUCGUGGAGCUUGUUGGGAUCUUGAAAGAUGGUGAUCCAUCCAAACAGGAUGCUGUGGUUUUGUUGCUUCAGGAUAUGUUAGAAGUAGUUACACGUGAUAUGAUGGUGAAUGAGAUACGUGAAUUAGUAGAACUUGGACAUAGUAACAAGGAAUCUGGAAGGCAACUUUUUGCUGGUACUGAUGAAAAACCUGCUAUAGUGUUCCCUCCUGUGCUUACAGCACAUUGGGAAGAACAGAUAAGACGUCUUCAUAUGCUUCUGACAGUCAAAGAAUCUGCCACUGAUAUACCAACAAACCUUGAGGCACGUAGAAGGAUUGCAUUCUUCGCAAAUUCAUUGUUUAUGGAUAUGCCACGUGCUCCUCAAGUUCGUAACAUGCUCUCAUUCAGUGUCCUGACUCCAUACUAUAGUGAAGAGACUGUCUAUUCUACAACUGAACUUGAACUGGAAAAUGAGGAUGGUGUAUCAAUCAUAUUCUACUUGCAGAGGAUCUAUCCAGAUGAGUGGAACAACUUUUUGGAGCGACUCAACUGUAAGGAGACUGAGAUUUGGGAAAAUGACGAAAAUAUUUUGCAGCUUCGCCACUGGGUCUCCUUAAGAGGACAAACUCUGUGCAGGACAGUUAGAGGGAUGAUGUAUUACAGACGAGCUUUGAAGGUUCAGGCUUUUCUUGACAUGGCUACUGAAGAAGAGAUUUUAGAAGGCUACAAAGCCAUCUUAACUCCAUCUGAUGAAGAUAAGAAAAGUCAGAGAUCCCUAUAUGCUCAGUUGGAGGCAGUGGCUGACCUGAAAUUUACUUAUGUUGCUACCUGUCAAAACUAUGGAAAUCAGAAACGGAGUGGAGAUCGUCGUGCAACUGACAUCCUGAAUUUGAUGGUUAAUAAUCCCUCUCUUCGUGUGGCAUAUAUUGACGAAGUUGAAGAAAGGCAAGGUGGAAGAGCUCUGAAAGUUUACUAUUCUGUUCUGGUUAAAGGUGUUGAUAAUCUUGACCAGGAAAUCUAUCGAAUAAAAUUGCCUGGAAAUGCAAAGCUGGGAGAAGGAAAGCCUGAAAAUCAGAAUCACGCGAUAGUUUUUACUCGUGGAGAAGCUCUUCAGACCAUUGAUAUGAAUCAGGACAAUUACUUGGAAGAAGCGUUCAAAAUGCGUAAUCUUUUGGAAGAAUUUAAUGAGGAUCAUGGAGUACGAUCGCCUACAAUUUUAGGAGUUCGUGAGCAUAUCUUUACUGGAAGUGUAUCUUCUUUGGCUUGGUUCAUGUCAAAUCAAGAAACGAGCUUUGUCACCAUCGGUCAAAGAGUUCUUGCAAGACCAUUGAAGGUUCGUUUCCAUUAUGGUCAUCCAGAUGUGUUUGAUAGAAUCUUCCACAUAACCCGUGGAGGCAUCAGCAAGGGUUCUCGUGGCAUCAAUUUGAGUGAGGACAUCUUUGCUGGUUUCAACUCAACCCUAAGACGAGGGAACAUUACUCAUCAUGAGUAUAUUCAAGUUGGGAAAGGUCGGGAUGUUGGGCUCAACCAAAUAUCACUUUUUGAAGCAAAAGUGGCUUGUGGUAAUGGGGAACAGACACUUAGCAGGGACAUCUACAGAUUAGGCCAUCGCUUUGACUUUUUCCGCAUGUUGUCAUGCUAUUUUACAACAGUGGGAUUUUAUGUCAGCUCAAUGUUGGUUGUCUUUACAGUCUAUCUUUUCUUGUAUGGAAGACUUUAUUUGUCAUUAAGUGGUUUGGAGCAGUCAAUAGUUAAGUUUGCUUCAGCUAAGGGAGAUGAUCCCCUAAAGGCAGCCAUGGCUUCACAGUCUAUUGUUCAAUUAGGCCUUUUGACAGCCUUGCCCAUGGUCAUGGAGAUUGGAUUAGAGAGAGGAUUUAGAACUGCAUUAGGUGACAUAAUAAUUAUGCAGCUUCAGUUGGCAUCUGUGUUCUUCACUUUCUCCCUUGGAACAAGGGUCCAUUAUUUUGGGCGCACUAUCCUGCAUGGUGGGGCAAAAUACAGAGCAACAGGGCGUGGUUUUGUGGUUCGGCAUGAGAAAUUUGCAGAGAACUAUCGACUGUACUCAAGGAGCCACUUUGUGAAGGGGCUGGAGAUUAUGGUAUUGCUUAUAUGUUACAGGAUAUAUGGUUCUGUGGCAAGAGAUUCUACAGCUUAUGCACUCCUCUCAUUUUCAAUGUGGUUUUUAGUCGUCUCCUGGCUGUUUGCUCCUUUCCUUUUGAACCCAUCGGGAUUUGAAUGGCAAAAGAUAGUAGAAGAUUGGGAAGAUUGGGCAAAGUGGAUUAGCAGCAGAGGUGGUAUUGGAGUUCCCUCAAGUAAGAGCUGGGAAUCUUGGUGGGAUGAAGAACAGCAGCACCUGCAGCACACUGGGUUUAUGGGACGUUUGGUGGAGAUUGUUCUUGCUCUGCGCUUCUUCCUUUGCCAGUAUGGAAUUGUGUAUCAUCUAAACAUGACCAAGAAUAGCAGACAAGGAAUACGGCAGAGCAUCAUGGUUUACGGUCUGUCCUGGCUGGUCAUUGUUGCGGUGAUGGUUGUUUUAAAGAUUGUGUCCAUGGGUAGAAAGAAGUUCAGUGCAGAUUUCCAGCUGAUGUUCCGACUUCUUAAGCUACUCCUGUUUGUCGGGUCUCUAGUAAUUAUUGCUAUGCUGUUUUAUUUCCUUGAUCUCACAGUUGGAGAUAUCUUUCAGAGCCUACUAGCCUUUAUGCCGACAGGGUGGGCUCUACUGCAGAUAUCACAAGCAUGCCGGCCAGUGGUGAAGGGCAUCGGAAUGUGGGGUUCUGUCAAGGCUCUAGCAAGAGGGUAUGAAUACAUGAUGGGGGUAUUCAUCUUUGCCCCAGUUGCCAUCUUGGCCUGGUUCCCCUUCGUCUCAGAAUUCCAGACUAGGCUGCUGUUCAACCAAGCUUUCAGCCGAGGGCUUCAAAUCCAACGUAUUCUGGCCGGUGGCAAGAAGCAAGCGUGACACAACAAAUACAGAAUGACGAUUUAUCGAAAAAAAGAAGAGGAUGCAGGAGCUGGGUACAGAGGGAAAGCAGUGGUUUGUAAUUGUAGUGGAAACACAAAGUGAUGAGCCAAAAUAACGCAUACGAGGGCCCCGUUGUUAUUCAGAUACAUGCUCCGAGUUUUCCUUUACUCUUCAUUAUGUAUAAUAUAAGCAAAGCAAUGAACUAAAUCUCUGCUAGAAGGCUGAGAGUCCUCUUCCUGGAACAGCAGAACGGCAAAUUUGAGCCUUUACACUACAUUCCAAACAAGGGCAAGUAAUUGUUUCCAACAUCAUUCAAACAAACUGUUCAGAAUUUAUCCAUUACAUAUAACUGCAUUACUACUGUUUUUUUU